AUGCAUACGGUUUGUAAAAAAAAUGUCAGAAAUCGAAAACGUGAUUGUCCUCAUCCUGUUUUAAGACAAAAUGGAAGUGAAACUGGAAUUGAUGUCGUAGGUUUUCUUAGCGGUAUUGCUGAAGUUAAAUUUAAUGGAGCCUUUGAUAAAAUAGGUUCGAAAAGACAUUGUAAAAUAAAAUGUAUCAACGGCGAAUGGAUCGGUCCCCUUUGUCUCCGUGAAAGUGCCUCAUCUGAAAAUUCUGAAGAAAAACAAUUUCAUCCAGUUUUAAAAAGUUGUAGCACACAAGUAUUUCAUUCAAAAUUUAUAAUAAGUCAUCGUAAUAAAACAAUUUGGCCUGUUUUUAAUAUUAAAGGGUAUGUAGAAGGAGCAGGUGUUCCUAGAAAAGAAAUAAAAAAUUUUCCACAUAAUACUGUGGUUCAAGUUCGUUGUAAACAAUUUGGAAUUUAUAAACUUAUCGGAGAUGCACAUUUGACGUGUUAUAAUGGAGUUUGGAAAUAUAGAAUUCCCACGUGCAUUCCAACAACGUCAUUAACAAAUUUCACAGAUGAAUCUGCUCCACCUUCAGUUUUGGCUAAAGUCACAUCGGGUUCGGCAUCUAUAGAACCUACCGGAGAGUUAGCUGUGUAUCCAGGUAGUACGGUUCAUUUGGAAUGUCUUUACCUUCGGUCAUCGGGAGAGCCUGAAUGGUCGUGGACAUCAACCUACAGAACGUAUGCAACGGGAUGGUCGAUUGAUUCAGAAGAAAGAAAAUGGAAGUAUCGUUUAUCUAUUUAUUACAUAAAACCUCAGGAUACGGGGAUUUAUACCUGUUCCACACCCAAAGGAUUGACACACAGCAUAAUUCUUAAUGUUAUUGAGGUGCACUGUGAUGUAGGAAAAAUUUUAACCAACGACCCAAAUCUCCUAACGCAAAUUGAAGGGUCUCGACUUGGACAGACAACUUCAUACAAAUGUCGAGAAGGAUUUAAAUUAAAUGGUCCUUCAAAAAUAACAUGUCAAGCAAGCGGUGUAUGGUCAGGUUAUUCCCCUGAAUGCGUACCAAUCGCUUGCCCAGUUUUAGAAGUUAAAAACAAUAGCGUGAAAUUAAUAAAACAAGACUUUGGAUAUGGUGGCACAGCUACUUUUCAAUGUCCUCAGGGUCAUAAAUUAAUUGGAGUUGGUACUUUGGUAUGCCUCAUCACCGAAGAAUGGUCAGGGAAAAUUCCUACUUGUAAAGAAAUUUUUUGUCCUCCGCCUUUAAUACCGCAAAAUGGACAAUUAAAAUUAGAAAAUAAUUCAUCAGUCGUACCGCCAUUUCGUUCAGGUUCCAAAGUUGUUUUCUCUUGUAAAGACACCCACAGAUUAAUCGGUAGAGAAAGUAUUAAAUGUCAAGAAUCUGGUAUGUGGUCUAAUCCUCCGCCAUUUUGUAAAGCACAUUGCGUUCAACCUGAAAAUCCGCCCGAAGGAGUAUUUAGUCCCCGUAAGAAUCUACACGAAGUCGGAGAUAGAAUAUCACUUAUUUGCAAUAAAGGUUUCGAACCUAGUUCGAAAGGAAUGCCAAAAUGUUUGAAAAAUGGUUCGUGGUCGGAAAAGAAUUUAGAAUGCAAGGCAAAGAAAACGUUUAGAUUGAUCGAUGAAAAAAAAUCCGACAUGAUUAUUUAUGUUCAAAAAACAACGAGUACAGUUAUCCAAACGACUCGAGGUUUUGACAUGGCCGCGAUGACAACAACAACAACAACAGAAAGUAAUAGUUUCGACAAACCUACAAACGGGGAUACGACACCUCAGGAUAUACCUUCGACUACGCCAUCCUUCCCACCGGAUGAUAAUAAUAAUAAUUAUCAAGAAUACAAUAUAACAUACGAUUUCGAAAAUGAAAACGAUACUGAUUUUUUUUACGUGGUCAAAAGGUUAAGUUAA